AUGAAUUCCACUCAUUCGAUCUUCUUCUUGCAACUGCCGACGAUGAACAGCACAGAGGAUCUGAAUGAAAGCAGUAUCUUUAACAACAGGAGCAGCACAGGCUUCUGCGAGCAAGUCCCAAUUAAAGCUGAACUGUUUUUCACCCUGGGUAUCAUCAGCUUCCUGGAAAACGUCUUGGUCAUCCUAGCAGUUCUUAAAAACAGAAACCUUCAUUCUCCCAUGUACUUUUUCCUCUGCAGUUUAGCAGUGGCGGACAUGCUGGUAAGUGUAUCUAAUGCCCUGGAGACAAUUGUGUUGGCGUUUUUAAAAAACGGCUACCUGGUGGCAAAUGACCAGUUCAUUCAGCAAAUGGACAAUGUUUUUGACUCAAUGAUCUGCAUUUCUUUAGUGGCAUCAAUGUGCAAUCUGUUGGCCAUUGCCAUCGACAGGUACAUCACCAUCUUCUAUGCCUUACGCUACCACAGCAUCAUGACAGUAAAGCGGGCUUUAAUUUUGAUUGUAGCUAUCUGGAUUGUUUGCAUUUUCUGUGGCAUAGUCUUCAUUAUGUAUUCCGACAAUGAAACAGUCAUUAUUUGUCUUAUCACCAUGUUCUUUACUAUGCUGUUCCUCAUGAUUACUCUUUACAUCCACAUGUUCAUGCUCGCUCGGUUGCAUGUUAAAAGAAUCGCUACACUCCCAGUCACUGGUGUGGUUCGUCAGAAGACAUGCAUGAAAGGAGCCAUUACCAUUACAAUCCUGCUUGGGAUCUUUAUCAUCUGUUGGGCUCCAUUUUUCCUUCACCUCAUCAUGAUUAUAUCAUGCCCCCAAAACCCGUACUGCAUUUGUUAUGCGUCUCACUUUAACACGUACCUGAUCCUCAUCAUGUGCAAUUCAGUCAUCGACCCGAUCAUUUACGCCUUUCGGAGCCAGGAGAUGCGCAAGACAUUCAAAGAGAUCAUUUGCUGCUAUUGUAUGAACCUCAACUUCCGCUCCAGCCAGCAUUCAACCUUUGCAGAAGCUAGUGGUUUUCUCAACAGGAUCACAUGCAGAAAUGUAAUUACAGUUAAUAGCAAUUAUUUACAAUUUAUGUUCAUGACUCUGAAGGAAUGUCAGAGUGCAAAAUACCCACAUUAUGGCAACAAAAAACGUGGGGAAAUGGGUUAUGAGGAGGAUCAAGGAGUUUGCAAAAGAAUAGAAGUGGUCAAGAUGGUACUUAUAGACUUGAACCCCAAGAUCGCUCUGAAUAUCAAUGGGGUUAAGUGA